CCUUGUCACUUCCGUUUAUCACGAAGAACAGGUGAUAAAAAAUAAAAUAAAAUCUGGGAAUCGAGUUUAUAGUGGGAAAACGAAAGUGAAAAUGGUACACGGUCAGUCUAACUCGAAGAGUUUUGCCGCUAUUCCACGAUGGCGGAGGAAGGAACGAUGUGUUCCUUUCCUUUGCUGGUGCAGGGAGCCUGGGGGAGCUCGAGCCCCCCCAAAAAAUUGAGAAACAAAAUGCUCUGCUACUUCCAAAGCCGGAAAAAGUCGGGAGGUGGAGAAUGCGAAAUCCAGAAGCAAGGGGGGCAGAUCUUGGUUUGCUUUGCCCAGGAGGAAGUGAGGCAAAGAGUUCUCUCCCAGAAGAUCCAUGAGCUUGACUUGGCAGGAAAAGGAACACUACAGCUGGAGGUCUCCCUGUAUGAAACAACAGAUCCAGCUAAAGAUAAUGCACCUAAGAAGGAAAUAAUUUCUAAAAAGGCUCUGGGAGAAGAAGGCCAAGCAAGUGAGAUGGAAGUGAAACAAGACUGCCAAACAAAGAAUGUUACCCUAACAAAUGAGUCAACUGUGGAAGCUCCACAUUCUGAGAGGGAUAUUCUUGACUAUCCUCAAACAUUUUCACAAGUAGUUCUUGAAAAUGUUGAAGAAAAUAUUCACCUGGACACAUUAACGCUAUUGGUAGAUAACAUCAGUGCUCUUUCAGGAGAUAGUACCUUCCAUAUUGAACAGAUAAAUGAGAAGAAGGCUGCAGUAGUAACCUUUCAGCAAAGCACUGGUAAGAUAUCUAAGCUCAUUGUUCAAGAUGUUUCAGCUGCAAAUUUUCUUAGGCAGUGUUCCACGAACUGCAGAUUCCAGCAGUAUAGACUUACAGCCAGACUUUUUUAAUUAACUCAUGUAAUCAGAGUGGAGAACAUCCCAGCUGCAACAUCCAGUGAAUUCCUAACACUCUAUUUUGAAAGUCCAAAACAUGGAGGAGGACGGGUGUCUGAUAUUCAGAUGUUACCCACCGAAGAUUCAGCAAUGGUUACAUUUAGUGACUCUCAAGGUAAUUUUCUAUUUUUACACAAAAAGAGUUUGCUACUGCUUGGCUUCCAGACGGAUGUUAUCGUAAGCACUAUUGGUGAAGACCUAAAGUUUGAUAUAGGCCCACUUUCAAAAGCUUUGCUGCAGAAGGCUGGAGUUGAGCUUCAACUUGAGUUUCAUCAAAUGGUCCAAGAUCAAGGAGCCCAAGGCAGUUGUCUAAUUCCAACCCACGGGCAUAAUCUUGCCUGCCUUUUCUUGUUCCACGUCAUAGUUCCCCAGUGGGAUGCAGGAAAAGGGAAUGCAACCAAGAUACUGAAAAGUAUUAUGAGAAAUUGUCUGGAGAGGGCCAAAAUGUUGUCAUUAAAGUCUAUCUCAUUCCCAGCCAUUGGGACUGGAGGUUUUAAUUUUCCAAAUUAUGAGGUGGCCAAAUGUAUGUUUCAGGAAAUACUUACAUUCAGUAGAAAGAAGAAUUUCAAGUCCCUUGAAAAUGUUCAUGUUCUCUUACAUCCAAAAGAUAAAAAAAAUAUAAAGGUAAUGUUACUUUUCUUCCAAAUAAGAAACUGCCCUUUGUUUUUACGAAACCUCAAACUUUUGUUUCUUUUUUCAGUCACAGGUUCCUUCAGAUCCUUUUCUACCUCAGCUUUAGGAAGUAAUGAAAUGCAGUUUGGAUCCAUUACCUUCCAGUCAGUGACUGGAAAUAUUGUCAUGGAAAAGACAGAUGUCAUUGUGAAUGUGACCAAUGAAAACUUUUCAUCCAAAGCAGGUGUCUCCAAAGCAAUUUUGGAAGCUGCUGGACCUGAAAUUGAAGCAGAAUGUGCAAGACUUGUCACAGGUUCCUUCAGAUCCUUUUCUACCUCAGCUUUAGGAAGUAAUGAAAUGCAGUUUGGAUCCAUUACCUUCCAGUCAGUGACUGGAAAUAUUGUCAUGGAAAAGACAGAUGUCAUUGUGAAUGUGACCAAUGAAAACUUUUCAUCCAAAGCAGGUGUCUCCAAAGCAAUUUUGGAAGCUGCUGGACCUGAAAUUGAAGCAGAAUGUGCAAGACUUGUUAUCAUUUUUAUUUUACCAGCCUCACAGCCUCACAAUGGAUUUGUAACCACACAGAAUGGAAAACUACCCUGUAAAAAAAUUAUCCACCUGGCUCCUUGCUCCAGCAUCAAAACUCAGAUCUCCAAAGUGCUUCAGGAAUGUGAAGCAAAACAGUAUGCAUCUGUAGCCUUCCCUGUAAUUGGAACAGGUCAGGGAAGAAGAAGUCCUGACGAAGCAGCUGAACAAAUUAUCGAUGCAGUGGCUGAUUUUGCAGGAAAACACUUGCCUGGAUACUUGAAACUUGUUAAAGUUGUUGUCUUUCAGCCACAUAUGCAAAAAUCCUUUUCCACCAUUUUGGAAAAUAAAAAAGGACAGGCAUUACCCACUUCCGAAUCUAUGUUUUCUAAGUUUAAAGCAUUUCUAACUGGUAAGAAGUCACCUGCUAAAAAGAAGAGUUUUAUUGCAUUGGAAAAGAAGAUUGAGAUGUCAACAUUUGAGUUAUGUGGCGAAAACAGGAAAAAAGUGGAAGAGGCUGAAGCCUGGCUAAGGAAAUUAGUUUUCAAGGAACAGACAGAAAAUCGCAUUGUUGAUGACUUGAUAGACAUGUUUGCUGAUGCUGAAAUCAAGAGACUGAAUGAUCUCCAGAAAAGAUUGCAUAUUGUCAUUCAUCUGAACAGGACGGAGUCUCCUCCUUUUAUUUUGUUAUCUGGUAUCCCCCAGGACGUCCUCACUGCUUUCACAGACAUCCAGAACCUCUUAAAAACACUUAAAGCUGAUCAGGAAAAGAAAUCCAAAGCAGAACUUGUUCAAGUUUUGGUUGAGUGGCAGUAUUGUGCAAAUGGAAAUGUCUUUGUAGCUUUUGAUACAUUUAGUAACCUUGAUUUAGAAGAUGCUAAAAUCAGCAAAAAGAAACAAAUUCAGGUCCAGAUUCAGGGUCAGAACUACACAGCUGAUCUGAACAAAAUGUGUGUUGUAGAUAGCCAAGGAAAAAGCAUGAAAAUUAAACGUGUUGGAAAGCAUGAAGGCAAACUAUUAGAACGCCUUCCUGAACAUUGGGAAGAUAUGAAAGGAAGCCAUGCCAAAUUGGUUCCACUACAGCCUACAGCAGGAGAAUAUAAGGACAUUGAAGAAAAAUUCCGGAUUGGCUGCCCUACAUUCAGAAUUGAACAGAUUGAAAGGGUACAGAAACCCUUACCUCUGACAAUCCUAUCAAGUCAAGAAAAAGGAAUAGAUACACAAAAUGGCCAUAAAAACAAUGAGAAGGUCCUUUUCCAUGGGACUCCCCGUUCCACACUGGUGCAAAUUUAUCAGACUGGCUUUAACCGCAGUUAUGCUGGAAAGAAUGUAACUGCAGCGAUUGGUAAUGGGACCUAUUUUGCCGUCAAGUCAAACUAUUCUGCACAGGACACGUAUUCCACUCCAGACCAAAGUGGCAGAAAAUAUAUGUACGUUGCGCGUGUUUUGACUGGAGAUUAUUGCAUUGGCAGAUCAGGACAGAUUAUACCACCAUCCAAAAAUAAGGCUGGAUUUGAUUUAUAUAACAGUGUAACUGACAACAUGAAUCGACCAUCCAUGUUUGUUAUUUUUCAUGAUGCUCAGGCUUACCCAGAAUAUCUAAUUACUUUUAGAAGAUAAGUUAACAGGCAAAAAGAUUAUUUCUCUUUCCUGUCACAUUAAAAGCAAGUAAUUUGUAUGAACCUCUUUAAA